UCCGCCAUCAUGGCCGGUAAGCUCACCCGUCGUUUUUGCCCUCUGCGCCGCCACGCGCUCCCCUCACGUCCGUUGCAUUUCUCCGCCUCUGUGCGAUGCAUCCGCGUCUGCCUUGCGCAGAAGAAGCUGAAGAGGCUAACAUUAUUAUUUACAGACGAGAUUCGCCGUUCCGGACGCGCCAACAAGGGACACCACACUAAGAAUGCGGAUGCCCUAGAUGAGCCCGUCUCGAAAUCCAAAUCCAAACCCAAGCCCGAGAAGAAGGGUCAACAAGCGGCCGCCGCCACCGACAAGCGGCAGCCCACGCGCUCACAGUCUGCCCAGAGCGAAGACAACAACGACGAGGAGGACGAUGCCGUCAUUCGCUGUGUCUGUGGAGAGCAGCGCGAUAUCCGAGGCCGCCAGAUGAUCUGCUGUGACCAGUGCGAGGUAUGGCAGCACAAUCAGUGCCUCGAUCUGCCUGAGGGAGAAUACUGGGACAAUCGGAGUUACUAUUGCGAGAGGUGCAAGCCCGAGGACCACCGGGAGUUGCUCGCCGCCAUGGAGCGUGGCGAGAAGCCAUGGAACCGCAAAAGCAAAAAGGGCAAGAAACCCCCCAGAUCUCGACCGAGUGAUGUCAAGAAAGAGAGGCCCUCGUCUCCCUCAUCCUCGCAUCGACAUACUCCCGCUGCCACCCCUGCCCCUGCCUCUGUUUCUGCUGCUGCUCAAACUCCCACUCCUGCCCCGGCUCCUGCGAGUCCAGCUCCCGCUUCUACUCAAAAGUCUUCGGUUCCUCCGGCGCCCAUUACUGUGCCCGUGGCAGCCCCUCACGACCCAUCCAAUGGCAAAGAGAAGACCAAAAAGGAUACCCCAAAGAGCCAACCUCAAUCCCCUCUAGGCGAGAAACGCCGCCACGAGCCCGUUCCCGAGAAAGCAAACGCGAGCAAGAAAAGGAGAAAGUCGAGCGCGCCUACUGUUGAAAAAUCAACCCCUCCGACAACCGUGGCCACCGAGUUCGACAGCCUCCCGCCCAUGCAAAAGCCUCUGGCGCAAAAGCUCAGGGAUACCCUUGGUCCUUUGAUCGACACUGCGGCAGUCUCUCGUGGCUACAAGAUACCUGAAGGUGAAAGCUCUACAUCCAUUGCUACAAAACUCGCUCUAGAGAUCGAUCACCACGCUUGCAUUCAUCAUGGCGCUCCGUCCAACUCCGAGGCUCCAUACAUCAAGCAGCUUAGGAGUAUCAUGUUCAACGUAAAGAACAACACAAUCCUGAUAGACCGAUUGCUCUCAGGUAGUCUCACAUCCGAAGAAUUCGCCUCUAUGGGUGCUGAGAAGAUGGCCAGCGAGGAGAGGCUAAAGGAGGACGCCGCGAUGAGAGAGGCAAACGAGAAACAAAUUGUUCUUACGGGCGAGACCGGCCCGCGACUUCGUAAGACCCACAAGGGUGAAGAGUUGGUCGGUGGAGACGAUGCCCCCUUGAACGACGACUUCAGGGCUCCUCCGAGACGCGACAGAGAAGAAGUGGUGGAUCCGAAGCCAUCGGUUCAGCAAUCUCCUCCCCGUGAUGGCCAGGCAAUUGUGGAACUUCCCGAAGAUCUUGGCCAGCGCGCACCGCUCGCUAUUGAUACAUCUGGUACCCCAGUUGAUGGCGUGCGACGCACAUCUAACUUCGACAUCAACUCAGUCUUCGACAAAGUCCGCUCACCUCAAGCCGACCAGCAAGCAUUUCUUCAACGUCGUCAAAGUACGAUCAAGCCCCAGGAUACGCCCAGGCAAGGUCCUGGUGACGAUGCAGAUAUCGACCGACUUUUGAAAGACGAGGAUCAAGAUGUGCAUAUGGGUGGGACUGAUUCGGGCGUCGUGUGGCAAGGCAACCUGCAGAUGCAACAGAUGGAGCCAUUUGAAGCCACGGCCCGAUUUGUAGCUGGCGGUGACUUUGGACAAGUUGUGCCUUGGAGCAAGCUGCUGCCCACGGUUCUGCCGGUCAAGGGCCGGAUUGAGAACAAGAAAGGUGAUGACUAUAUAAGAAAUCUAGCUUUCACCGGCAGUCAUGAUGUGUGUGUGCUCGCCCUUACGCCCACGUCAGCUGAUGGCCGUGGCUCUUUGGAUACCAUCUACAGCUAUUUCCACCCGCGACAGCGAUGGGGAGUGAUUCCUGUCCCUGCUGGCGAGAAUGAGAUCGUGCGCGAUCUGUAUGUCGUACCGCUUGAGCCCGGACCUAGCAGUCUACCCCCGUUCUUGGACAUGCUCGAGUACUGCGUCAUCGAAACACCCCGCAAAGAGCCCAUGAUGCUUCUCGCACUUGUCGCAAAGCUUCCCGAGUCCAAAUCCACAGAUGCCCAUGCAGUGCAAACCCCAUCUGUGUCAGCACCUCCACCAGGUCAGGCUUCCGGAGGUCCACCCAACGGUGCGAGCCCGUCCCCACUUACCAACCCUCACGGCCCUCAAUACUCGCCCAUGGCCCCGUCGUUCCCUCCCAGCCCUGCCUUCAACAAUGGCAACACCAACAGCUUUCAGCACGCUCCUCCACCACAUAGUGCCAAUAAUGGUUACAGUCAUACGCAGCCGGGCGCGCAGAUGCCCUCGGGCCCCUCUCCGACUCCGCCUGCCCCUGCCCCAUUCUCCUCGCUUGCCAUUCAAUACCUCGGUCAAUAUCUCCAGGCUCCUGUUAUUUCCAGGAUCUUGGCUAGCAGUGAAGGUGGCGCGACAAUGACGGAGGAACAAAUGGCCAACCUUCGGCACAUCAUGGAGACGGUACCUCAGGCGCAGCAUGACUUCGCCGUCUUCCAAGAGCACCUGGCUACCUCGUUCAAACCGAUUCAACAAUAG